AUGGAUGCGCUAGAAAAUCUGAAAAGACCGACACGGCCCGCGUCCCAGUAUUCGCUCCACUGCGUCCGCCUUCUGGUCGUCGCGUUUGUCGCCACUCUCGUAGUUCUACUGUGGCUGCUGGCCUUCCACAUGAGCGGCUCGGCGCGCUCUGCCCGUGCCGAGUCGGAGACGAACCAGACGGGCCACCGGUGCUCCUCGGGCCGCUGCAAGGAGACGGCGCGGCUUCUGAAGAGCUUCCGGUCGAACCACACGAGCCCGUGCGUUGACUUCUACGAGCACGUGUGCGCCGGCGUGCAGGGCACGGAAGAGGCGAGCGUCGGGGGCUCCGACUUGGUGGUCAUGCGGCAGAUGGCCGCCGCCGCGACGGCGAGCAUCGUCAGACACGCCCUGGCACGAGGAGUCCCGCGGCUGCAGCAGACUGCCGGCCAGAAGGCCUCGGCGUUUCUCCAGCUGUGCAGGGCACGGUCGUCGCGCCACGAGGACAACUUGUCUGUGCUCAGGUCUUACGUCGAGUCAUCCAGACUCUUUGACCAGGAUGCCGACUUCAAUCCUUUGGUGAAAAUCGCCGAACAUCUUUUCGUACAAGGCCUGCCCUUGUUCUACCAGGUAGGAGUCGAAGAAGCGCUCGUAUGGAGGCGCAGGUACCUUCUCACUGUGGAGGUCUCCGCAGUGACAGUGUUGUGGCUGAAAACGCAGAGGGCGUUUCCUGGCCAAGAGAGCUACACGAAGCACGUUCUAAAGGUGCUGCAAGGAGCCGGCAUCGGCCGAGACAGAGCUGAUGCACUUUCCGUUACUAUCGCUGAUCUGGAAGACGUCGUUCACGCUGCGUACCACCAGUACCUCGUUGAAAAGAGGAACAAUUCGAAUAUGCUCAUCGUGAGGCUCGAGGAACAAGCAAGUCUCUUCAGCAACGACACGCAGACUAAACGAGAGUGGAGCGAAUUCGUCAUGAAAAACGUUACCAUGGGGCACUCUUCUGUGGUUCACGUCCUUAUAGAAGAAGGUGCAACACAUUUCUUGAAGAACAUUGUCGACAAACUCAGUGUUACCGAACUGCGAACGCUGAUCGCGUGGGAGGUAAUUCGCGAAAUCGUCACAGCUUCUGGCGUCGUGCCUCUCGUAGGUGAUUACACGCAGUGGUAUUGCGUCCAGAUGACCCUGCGUAUUUACGGACACGGACUAACAGUUCCCUACUUUCAAUCAUCCGUAACGCGCAAGACGCUCCGAGUAAUUGGCAACACGUACGCUAACAUUAAAUACUACAUGAUGAAAGCCGCGAACGCGACCUGGUGGCUUCGAGAAUCGUCGCUUAACACCACCAGGAGAAUUAUGAGGCGCCUGAAAACAAGAAUAAUUUUUCCGCAUGCGUUGGAUGCCAAGGAUGCCCUCGACGAGUACUACGUGAGUUGUCCCGACGUGAAGCAUCCUUUCCUGAGCUCUUACCUGAUAGCUUCCAGGGCACGCGCUGAAGGGGCUGUCACGUUAGCGGCGUCCUUGUCUGCUCGCAUUUCCUCCAGCGACCCGCGGAAGUAUGUUGCUAUGGCUGCUUACAACCGCAAGACAAAUGCUUUGUUCCUCUCCGGAAGCUCCACUUUUGCCCCUGCUUUGGACACCAAAGGACCAGUGGAGGUGAACUACGGGUUUUUUGGACGCAUCGUCGCACAAGGAAUCAUGCGCAUCCUGGACAAAUACACGGAUGAGCCAAAGAGGCCUUCUAGGCUAAACAAAUUCUGGACCAGUGACGCGGGGCGAAAUCUCAAGGACCUAGCGCUCUGCCUGGAAAAGCAGGCGAAUGAGCUCGAAGAACGCAGCGCACCGUACAGCCAAAGGCUCCAUCGCUUCCGGUCGGCUGCACGGACAACGGCGCACGGCGAAGCCUCAUCAGUGCUUUUGCCCGUGGUUCUUGAAGCCCUGGGCCUGGCGCCGCUUUACGAGGCCUACGUCGACGCCAGAAAAGACAUAGCGCCUUACCAGCCUCUCGUUCUGCCGGGACUUGAAGAGCUGUCCGAAGAGCGACUGUUCUUCUUCUCUUGGUGCUACUCUCUAUGCAGCGGAGAGCGUGCGCCGAAGGGCCGCGCUGCUCUUCGAUGCAACCUGGCCGUGGCGAACCAGGCUCCGUUCAUCAACGCUUUUUCCUGCCACCCUGGACUUCCUAUGAAUCCCAUCAUCAAGUGUCCCCUGUGGUGA